UCUUUCUAGAAGUGCUGAGUUGUUGCCCAACAAUUUUCUUUGCUGUCUAAGAGCUAGCUAGAGCUAAGCCCACCCCACAACGUUCACAUUCCUGACAAAAUUUCCGCAGUACACUCUACAUCCUUUAUUCUUCUUGGUACUUGAAACAGGAUGGGCCAACGACAAUCUGGCUUUCCUCCUGGUGCUGGAAGAGAUCAAGGAAAAAGAAAGCAAGACGAUAAGAAGCGAAAGUAUGAACCGCCACUACCAACUAGAGUCGGGAAAAAGAAGAGAGGGAGAGGGCCUGAGGCAGCCAACAAACUACCUCAGGUUACUCCACACACAAGGUGUCGACUCAAGCUGCUAAAAAUGGAAAGGAUCAAGGACUUUUUGUUAAUGGAGGAAGAGUUGAUACGAAACCAAGAACAGCUGCGACCUCAAGAGAAGAAGAAUGAGGAGGAGCGUACGAAGGUGGACGAGUUGAGAGGCACUCCCAUGGCUGUGGGUACACUGGAGGAAAUCAUUGAUGACAAUCAUGCCAUUGUAUCUACCUCUGUGGGGUCAGAGUACUAUGUCAACAUGCUCUCGUUUGUGGAUAAAGAUCUCAUUGAACCUGGCUGUACUGUGUUGCUUAACAACAAGUUCCACGCUGUGGUUGGAGUGUUGAUGGACGACACAGAUCCAAUGGUGUCUGUUAUGAAGCUGGAAAAGGCCCCGGAGGAAACAUACGCAGACAUUGGAGGACUGGAUCAGCAAAUUCAAGAAAUCAAAGAAUCUGUUGAGCUUCCCCUUACUCAUCCUGAAUACUACGAAGAGAUGGGCAUAAAGCCGCCCAAGGGAGUGAUUCUGUAUGGAUCACCUGGCACUGGAAAAACUCUUCUUGUAAAAGCAGUUGCCAACCAAACUUCGGCUACUUUUCUUAGAGUGUGUGGAUCAGAGUUGAUACAGAAAUACUUGGGUGAUGGCCCAAAGCUUGUGCGUGAGCUGUUUCGUGUUGCUGAGGAGCAUUCUCCGUCGAUUGUCUUCAUUGAUGAGAUUGAUGCGAUUGGAACCAAACGGUAUGAUAGUCAUUCUGGUGGGGAGAGAGAAAUCCAACGGACUAUGUUAGAACUACUGAAUCAGCUUGAUGGCUUUGAUUCUGGUGGUGAUGUAAAGGUUAUAAUGGCAACAAAUCGUAUUGAAACGUUGGAUCCAGCUCUUAUAAGACCAGGACGUAUUGAUCGAAAAAUUGAGUUUCCUUUACCUGGUGAGAAGACAAGGCGUAGGAUAUUCCAAAUACAUACAAAGAGGAUGACUCUUGCCGCUGAUCUUGAUCUGGAGGAGUACAUUACUGCCAAAGAUGAUCUGUCCGGAGCUGAUAUUAAGGCUAUCUGCACAGAAGCUGGUCUUAUGGCGCUGAGAGAACGUCGAAUGAAGGUCACCAGUGAGGAUUUCCGUAAAUCAAAGGAAAAUGUUCUGUAUCGCAAGAAUGAGGGUACUCCCGAAGGACUGUAUCUCUAGACUGUACUCCAUAAAGUUAUGCUCUAUCAUAAUUAUUAUCCCAAGCAAACUGGUGUAUGCAUGCAUGCAUGGUGAAUAGUCCACAGACUAAAAUUAAUGUGUAUAAAUUAUAUAGUAUUUGAA